AUGUCCCUGGCGGCGGCGGCCCUGACGCUGACGGCGGCGACGAAGAUCAAGAACAAGGGCAGCGUGUCCGUCCAGGUCGUCGUGCGAUGCCGGCCGCUGAACAAGAAGGAGAUCACGGAGGAGCGCACGCCGAUCAUCGAGGUCGACGCGACGCGCCAACUCGCGCAGAAGAAGCAGUUCACGUUCGACGCCUGCUACGACGAGAAGUCGACGCAGAAGCAGUUCUACGAGGAGUCGUGCUACCCCUUGGUCGAGAGCGUCAUGGAGGGCUUCAACGGCACCAUCUUCGCGUAUGGGCAGACGGGCUGCGGCAAGACGUGGACCAUGCAGGGCCCGUCCCAGCCCAAGGAGCUGCGGGGCGUCAUCCCGUCGUCCUUCGACCACAUCUUCGAGAACAUCCGCGUCUCCAAGGGCGUCGAGUACCUCGUGCGGUGCUCGUACCUCGAGAUCUACAACGAGGAGAUCCGGGACCUGCUGGGCAACGACCCCAAGGCGCGGUGCGAGCUCAAGGAGGACCCGAGCCGCGGCGUCUACGUCAAGGGGCUGAGCAACGUCGUCGUCCAGGACGAGGCGACGAUCAACCGCGUCAUGGACACGGGCCUGGAGAACCGGACGACGGGCGCGACGCUCAUGAACGAGGGGUCGUCGCGGUCCCACAGCAUCUUUACGUUGGUGCUCGAGAUGAACACGGUCGACGCCGACGGCAAGGACCACUUCACCAUGGGCAAGCUGAACCUCGUGGACCUGGCGGGCUCCGAGCGCCAGUCGAAGACGGGCGCGACGGGCGACCGGCUCAAGGAGGGCUGCAAGAUCAACCUGUCGCUGUCGGCCCUGGGCAACGUCAUCUCGGCGCUCGUCGACGGCAAGGGCAAGCACAUCCCCUACCGCGACUCGAAGCUCACGCGGCUCCUCCAGGACUCGCUCGGCGGCAACACGAAGACGCUCAUGGUCGCGGCGAUCUCGCCCGCGGACUACAACUACGACGAGACGCUGAGCACGCUGCGCUACGCGAACCGCGCGAAGAACAUCAAGAACAAGCCCAAGAUCAACGAGGACCCCAAGGACGCGAUGCUCCGCGAGUACAAGUCGGAGAUCGACCGCCUGAAGCAGCUCCUCGAGGCGCAGCAGCACGCGGCGGCGGCGGGCCCGGGCGUGGCCCUCGGGGCGCCGCCGCCGGCCCUGGCGGCGCCGUCGCUGUCCGCGGCCAUGGUCAUCCCGAAGCAGCACGUGCAGCAGCACGGCGCCCUCGAGGAGUACAACUCGUCCCUGGUAGAGCAGCAGAAGCGCCUCGGCCGCGAGCUCGAGAAGCAGAAGCGCAUGAGCGUCGCCGCGCAGAGCGGCGCCGAGGAUUUGGCGAGGAAGCUCGCGGAUUUACAGAGAAAGGUCCCCGCCGAGGACCUGGACAAGAUCCUCGCGCGCCGCGAGAAGCGGCACCGGGACAUGGAGGACCGGCUCCGCGAGCGGAAAAGGCAGACCGAGGAGGCCGAGGCCGCGCGGCGCGCGGCCGAGGAGGAGAAGGAGGCCAUCGAGGAGAAUCUGAAGGCCGUGGAGUCCCAGGCGACGCAGCGCGAGCGCCAGAUCACGCGGCGGCGCAAGCGCGCGGAGCGGAAAUUGCUCGACGCGCAGCAGGAGAUCGAGGACCUGACGGCCGAGUUCCAGCGCGAGCGCGAGGCCCACCUCGACGCGUUGCGCGAGGCGAACCGCGAGGCCCAGCUCUGGCGCCAGGUCUCCGAGCUCGUCCUGCCGCCCAAGGAGGUGGCCCGGGUCUGGCAGCGGUCGACGUACGAGGAGGAUCUGGAGAAGUGGCAGCUGCCCCAGCUCCUCAAGCCCAAGCGCGACUACCAGAACCUCCAGUGCCCGCCGUUGCCGACGCUCGGCGGCGGCGGCGCCUUCGCGCCGGCCAAGGGCGGCGCCGCGGCCGCGCUCUUCGACGGCGGCGGCGCCUUCGACGACGAGGUCCUCGACACGGGCCGCAGCGAGACGCCGGGUUUGCCGUUGGGCUCGGCGCGCGACGUCGACUACGGCGAGCGGCCCUCGAGCCGCCCGGGCUCGCGCCCCUCCACCAAGGACCGCGAGCGCGAGCGCAAGCGCGAGGAGCGGCGCGCGGCGCGCCGCGACGCGAAGCGCCGCGAGCGCGAGGAGCGACGGGCGAGCAAGGGCGCCGGGGCCGACGACGCCGACGCGGGCCUGCCCCCGACCUGGGACCAGGGCUUCGAGCCCAAGCCCGAGAAGCAGCGACGGUCGAAGAAGGAGCCGUCCCUCGCCGCCGCGCGCGAGGGCAACUUCGACGUCUCCUUCUAG